UUCACCCUACUGCUAGUCUGCUACCAUCUUCAUGACCGCAUAUCUGCAUCCCAUUUCUCUUCUCUUCUUUUUCCUUCCUUUUGUUUCUUUCUUUCUAUUUAUCUAUUUUUUAUAUUUUUGAGAUCAAUACUUUCAUAUCUUAAAUGAUCUGUUCCUCUCUUUGAUUUUUUUUGCCAAAAACGUUAUAUUUUGAGAAAGAUGGAAUCAGAAUUAACAAAGCUAGGCAGCUCCAUCCCGGUUCCUUCCGUUCAAGAGGUGGCAAAGGAGGCCCUCGGCCGAGUUCCACAACAAUAUCAACGUCCUGAUCAAGACCCUCCAUUCACAUCCAUUGAUACUUGUUCACCACAGCAAGUCCCGGUCAUCGACAUGCUUAAGUUGCUCUCUGGAGAUCAUUUCAUGGACGUUGAACUAGAAAAGUUGCACUAUGCAUGUAAAGAAUGGGGUUUCUUCCAGUUGAUAAAUCAUGGAGUGAGUAAGUCAUUAGUGGAUAAAGUGAAAAAGGGGAUUCAAGGAUUGUUCAACCUCCCGAUGGAAGAGAAGAAGAAGCUUUGGCAGCGUGAAGGGGAUCUGGAGGGAUUCGGACAGGCCUUUGUUGUGUCUGAGGAACAGAAGCUUGACUGGGGGGACAUGUUCUUCAUGACUGCACUCCCAACUCAUCUCAGGAAGCCUUACCUCUUCCCCAACCUUCCUCUCCCAUUCAGAGAUGACAUCGAAGCUUACUCGGCAGAACUGAGAGAUCUUGCGUUGAAAAUCCUUGCCUUCCAGGCAAAAGCACUGGGAAUGGAUCCUAAUGAUUUAAGUAUCUUUGAAGAAGGUUGGCAAGCAUUUAGGAUGAACUACUACCCCCCAUGUCCACAACCAGAGCUUGCCAUUGGGUUAAGCCCUCACUCGGAUGCUGUUGGCAUCACCAUUCUGCUUCAAAUCAAUGAAAUGGAAGGCCUUCAGAUAAGGAAAGAUGGCGCUUGGGUUCCUAUCAAACCCUUGCCUGAUGCUUUUGUGGUUAAUAUUGGGGAUAUCAUGGAGCUAGUGACCAAUGGAAUUUACGGUAGCAUUGAGCAUCGUGCAACAGUUAACUCAGAGAAAGAGAGGCUCUCGAUCGCCACAUUUUACUGCCCGAAACUGGAUGGAGAGAUGGGUCCAGCUCCAAGCCUCAUCACUCCAGAAACCCCAGCAAAUUUCAAAAGAAUAGGUGUUGCAGACUUCUUCAAGGAGCUGUUUAAACGUAGGCUCGAGAAAAAGUCAUUCCUUGAUGUCUUGAGAACCCAAAACUAGUUAGGAAUGCCAGAAACAUGUGAUCGGCCGGCAUUGCCGACUGCUCACAGUUAAGGUGAAAAUUUAUGCAACUAUGCUGUCAGUAAAUAAAUAUCAUGAGAAAGAGGAAGUGAACAAGAAGAGCUUCGCCAGGUUAUUGGUUUCUCCUUUUUCACAAUUGAGAGACAAGUUCAUCAGAGUGGAUACUAGCUACUUGUCUAAACUAUAUUGAUUCUUAGCUACAUACUUGCUCUACAUUCAACACUUGUCCCUUGGUAUUUUAUUAUGUUCGAAGGGCAUUUUUAGAUUUUUACUUCUUUUUUCUCCUUUCUUACUGAUUCCCUUUCCCUCUAGGAUCCAACCUCUCCCAUUCUUGUAUCCGUCGGUUGUGUUGGGGUUUUUCUUUUUGUUGAAGGGGGUUUUUGUUUUUGGUU